GGCAGCGCUGGAGCUGUGGCUCAGCAUUGCCAGAUGUCCCUUGGGAGAGAGGGGCAGGAUCACCUCUCCCCUCCCAACCUGAGAUCCUGUGAUCCCUCCUGCUGGCCCCUCAUCCGAGGAGCAGAGAAGAUAAAGCCACAGACCCAAGCAUGUCAGAACAGGAUUGGUCAGCUAUCCAGAAUUUCUGUGACCAGGUGAACACUGAUCCCAAUGGCCCCACCCAUGCACCCUGGCUGCUGGCCCACAAGAUCCAGUCUCCACAAGAGAAAGAAGCUCUUUAUGCCUUAACGGUGUUGGAGACGUGUGUGAACCACUGUGGAGAGAAGUUCUACAGCGAGGUAGCCAAGUUCCGCUUCCUGAACGAGCUGAUCAAAGUAUUGUCCCCAAAGUACCUGGGGUCCUGGACCACAGACAAAGUUAAAGGAAGAGUCAUGGAAAUACUCUUUAGUUGGACAGUCUGGUUUCCAGAAGACAUUAAGAUCCGAGAUGCUUAUCAGAUGCUGAAGAAACAAGGAAUCAUAAAGCAAGACCCGAAACUACCAGUGGAUAAAAUCUUGCCUCCACCUUCUCCCUGGCCCAAGAGUUCCAUCUUUGAUGCUGAUGAAGAAAAGUCAAAGCUUCUGUCAAGGCUUCUGAAGAGCAGUCACCCUGAGGAUCUGCGGGCUGCGAACCGGCUGAUCAAGAGUUUGGUCAAGGAGGAGCAGGAGCGAUCAGAGAAGGUGUCCAAGAGAGUCAGUGCUGUGGAAGAAGUACGGAGCCAUGUGAAGGUGCUGCAGGAAAUGCUGAGCAGGUACCGCAGGCCAGGGCAGGCCCCACCAGACCAGGAGGCCCUGCAGGCUGUGUAUGAGAGGUGUGAGAAGCUACGACCCACCCUGUUCCGGCUGGCAGGCGACACCAUUGAUGAUGACGACGCACUAGUGGAGAUUCUUCAGGCAAAUGACCUCCUUACCCAGGGAGUUCUGCUGUACAAGCAGGUGAUGGAGGGCCGUGUCAUCUUUGGGAACACAGUGAGCAGCACAGUGGGAGACAUACCUGUCUCCAGAGUCUUUCAGAAUCCACCGGGCUGCAUGAGGAACUGCCUGAUGGACUUGGAGGUGGACAGUGGAUCUGAGCUGGCUGGGACGACCAUAGCAGCACCGUCUCUACUUCAUCAGGACCUGGCAGCCUUAGGAAUCAGCGAUGCCCCAGUUACCAAGAAGGUUGCGGGGCAGAGCUGCUGUAAGGAAGAAAGGAAUCCUGCUAGCACACUGCCAGGUGGUGGUGUGCAGAGCCCGUCGGCAGAAAGGACCUUGCUGGACCUCCUCUCCUCACAGCCACCCUCGGGCCCUCUGAAUUAUAUUCCACAGAAAAAUAUCCCCAAGGAGGUGCCACCAGGUACUAAGUCGUCUCCUGGUUGGUCCUGGGAGGCUGGCCCAUUGGCCUCAUCUUCAUCUUCCCAGAAUACACCCCUGGCUCAAGUGUUUGUCCCUUUGGAGUCUGUUAAGCCCAGCAGCCUACCUCCGAUCAUUGUGUAUGACCGGAAUGGAUUCCGAAUUCUGCUCCACUUUUCCCAGACUGGAGCCCCAAGCCACCCUGAGGUGCAGGUGCUGCUGCUGACCAUGAUGAGCACUGCCACUCAGCCUGUUUGGGACAUCAUGUUUCAAGUAGCUGUGCCAAAGUCAAUGAGAGUGAAACUGCAGCCUGCAUCCAGCUCGCAGCUCCCAGCAUUCAGUCCUUUGAUGCCUCCAACUGUGAUUUCUCAGAUGCUGCUACUCGACAAUCCACACAAGGAGCCCAUCCGGUUACGGUAUAAGCUGACAUUCAACCAGGGCGGACAGCCUUUCAGCGAAGUAGGAGAAGUGAAAGACUUUCCAGACCUGGCAGUCUUGGGUGCAGCCUAACUCUUGCAAGACACACCCUGCCAUUCAAGUUUAGACAGUGUUGCUUGUGCUGUCUAGAUAGGACUAAUCAUGGUGACCUAGUGCAAAGUGCCAAGAGUUCUGUCUUGAUUCAGGCUCUGGAUGUUAACCACCAACCUCUGACUUGUUCUGCAGAUGGAGGGAGGGAGGGA